AUGUCGGAAAGUGACAACGAAUACGACGAGACGGACCAUAAUAUCAAGGACGAAGACGAGAAUAUGGCCGACCAUCCAGCGGGCUCCGAAGGUGCCGACAACAGCGGUGAGCCGAAAAAGAAGUAUGACCCGAAAGACCCCCUUCGACCGCGCCGGAAAAAGGCUAGGCGAGCCUGUUACGCCUGUCAGAGAGCGCACCUUACUUGCGGGGAUGAGAGGCCGUGUCAACGGUGCAUCAAGCGCGGCUUGAUGGACACGUGCCAGGACGGCGUGAGGAAGAAGGCCAAGUAUCUUCAUGAUGCGCCUCCCGAGGCGUUGAGACCGGUUCUUGGACCAAGCUACAACCCGAACGCAGCCCAACGGCAGAACGGUAACCGACAGACGAGUAUUCCAAACUCCGAAUCCUCUACGAACCCGGGAGCUUUCUUCUCGCAAUCAAGCACCUCUCAAUUUCCCAUGUUUUCCGCCUCCCAAACCCCAAUAGGGAAUAUGGCGGAAAACCUUCCCUUCACCAGCCAGCAGUCGCCGGUAUCGCCGUCCUUCCAAACGUCGGGCACUCCACAAAUAAGCGGAAUGGCCGUUCCCCAGGUGUCGAGCCCCAUGGGAAAUUUUGGAGCCCUCCCUUUUGAUCCAAGCGAUCCCAACAUUUUCAACUUUAAUCUUGAAGGACUCAACUUUGGCAGCCAGUAUGGUGCCAUGGAAUUCGGCAUGCUCGGGCACAUGUCGUCAGGGGCGGCAGAGACACCCCCGCAAGAUGCCUCGUUAUCGCGCUCCGCAAGUGGCAGUCUCAGCUUCCAGCCGGGGAUGUUUGGCAAUGGCGUCAACCAGUUCGACAAGGUGUACGACGGCAACGUACUCGAGGGUUUUAUGGGUCUUGAUACCAACCACAACGGCAUGUACUCCCAAGGGAACCUACAACACGGGCUUCCCCAUGCCUACGCUAUUGCAGCUGGCCCAACUAGCGUCCAGAGCCCCAGCACAGAUACCAACAGCCCGCAGCCGACCUCGCUAGGGUUUGACGGUUCUCCCACCAUGGCCACAUACCCUCCUACGCCAGGGAACAAGGCGGCCAACCGGCCCAGCACAAGACAGGCCAAUGCACUGUCAAAACUAGGUCAACAAUCGAUCCUGGGGAAGCGUCAGCGGGACCCUUCCUACAUCUAUGAUACGGUCAAGGAGCCGUUUGGAUAUGUUACAAGCUUCCACAAGCUCUUUGGCCUAAUUCAGGGUCGGUUUACGGCAGCCCACACGUCACGUAUCGCCAAGUCUCUGGCCAGCAUUCGGCCAUCUCUGAUGGCAACAACGAGGAAUCUCACGAGGCAAGACCUGGUGUUCAUGGAGAAGUAUUUCCAGCGGUCGUUGUUCGAGUACGAGGAGUUCAUGCACCAAUGCUCCAGCCCUACUCUUGCAUGCCGACGUACGGGUGAAGUGGCGAUUGUGAACAAGGAGUUCACCGCUCUCACAGGGUGGACCAAGGAUGUACUCCUCGGCAAGCAGCCAAACGAAAAUGUCAACCUGGGUGGCUCCGCCGCGACUAGUUCUAGCUCGAAGGGGCGGGCCGGCCUCGCAACUCCACGCCUCAAGAGCCUCAACACAGAGCCCCCCGGAGCGUCAGACGCUCCGCAGCCCGUGUUUCUCGCUGAGUUGCUAGACCACGACAGCGUUGUCGAGUUCUAUGAAGACUAUUCUCAGCUCGCCUUCAACGACAGCCGCGGGCACAAGACACGCAAGUGUCGGCUACUCAAAUACCGUGCCUCAGACAAAGAGGAUAGCGCCGGGCCGCCCGGGAAUACUGGCGGCGAGGGCGGUGAAGGGCCAAACACUACCGACGACCGGGCGCAGCACCAAAAGGAUACUCGGAACAGCAUUCUGAGCAAUCGUGUAGCCAAGAUUGACGGGGCGCACGGGAUCUCAAAGCUAGAGCGCGACGGCAAGCUCGAGUGUAGUUACACGUGGACCAUCAAGCGAGACAUGUUCGACAUGCCGAUGUUGUUCGUGAUCAAUGUAAGUACGUGA